GGGCGCAGCAUGCCCAAACCACAGCCCGGUCACAAGGGGCAUUGCAAAUAUGGAUUUGCAUUCUGCAGGGCUUAUCUCCCUUUCCCUAUAGCUUGACUAAGGAAAGAGGAUAAGUAAACAAGAGAACUCUGGAUUAAAGUGUUCCAGGACUAUAAGGUAGUGGGAACAAGAGAACAGACAGAGAAUCACCAGUUCCUCAUAACGUGGAUGUUUCUUAGGUCUUGUACUGAAAUGCAGAAGUUUCCAGAAGCAGAUCUACUGGCAGAGCAGAGCAGCGCACUGCUGAAAGACCAAGAGGUGCUUCCAUUUGCCAGCUAUCCCAGCAUGCAAUUCUCCUCAGUGGACCCACCCAUGCCCUCACCACCAUAUUACUCCAGUCCAAACUAUUAUUCCCAGUAUGGCGAGGACUGGUACACUUCCUCGACGAUGUACGAGCUGCGGAAAGGGCUGGUGGAGAGCAGCUAUGACAUGCCGAUGGAGGAAAAUGCUCCACCAGUGUGCAAGCGGCCUAGGCAGGCUUCUCAUGGCAGCCGAGUCAAGGGGGAGGAGCUGUGUGUGGUGUGUGGUGAUAAGGCAUCAGGCUACCACUACAACGCGCUUACCUGCGAGGGCUGCAAAGGCUUCUUCAGGAGGAGUAUUACGAAGAAUGCAAUUUAUAAAUGCAAAACUGAGGGGCGCUGUGAGAUGGACAUGUACAUGCGUAGGAAGUGCCAGGAAUGUCGGCUCCGGAAGUGUAAAGAGAUGGGAAUGCUGGCAGAAUGUCUGCUUACAGAAAUCCAGUGCAAGUCUAAACGACUAAAGAAAUAUACAAAGGCUUCUUCAGAAGAGUCAGGCAUGGAUCAAACCAAAGGUGGAAGUGGUGGAGAUACCAAGCAGGUCACCUCCACCACAAAGCUUUCAAAGGAGAAAGUUGAGUUUAGUCCAGAUCAGCAGACCCUGCUGAACUACAUAGUACAUGCUUAUAAUAAACACCGUAUACCCCAGGAUAUGGCGAAAAAGCUUCUUCAAGAGCACUACAGUACAGAAGAAAACUUCAUUUUAUUGACAGAGAUGGCAACUAGUCAUGUUCAAGUGCUUGUCGAAUUCACCAAAAAUAUCCCAGGUUUCCAGACCCUGGACCAAGAAGACCAGAUUGCUCUUCUAAAAGGCUCAGCAGUGGAGGCCAUGUUCCUGAGGUCUGCACGAGUCUUCACCAAGAAGCUACCUCACAGACACACUGAAGUACUGGAGGAGAGGAUACGAAAUAGUGGUAUAUCAGAACAGUAUAUAAUUCCUAUGUUCAACUUCUAUAAAAGCAUCAGGGAGCUCCAAAUGUUACAAGAGGAGUAUGCUCUUCUCACGGCUAUCACCAUCCUGUCUUCAGACCGUCCCUUUGUGAAGGACCAGGGGGCUGUGGAGCAGCUGCAGGAGCCUGUGCUGGAGAUUCUGCACAAAUUCUGCAAGCUGCACCAUCCACAGGAGCCACAGCAGUUUGCGCGUCUGCUGGGAAGGCUGACGGAGCUGCGCACGCUCAGCCACCACCAUGCUGAGAUGCUACUCUCCUGGCGUGCCAACGAACAGGAGCUCACGCCGCUGCUUUGUGAGAUCUGGGACAUGUAGUACCCCCAGAGGGACACAUCACCUGGUUCAAAGGGAAACACGAUAAAAGACAGUGUGAAUAUGAGAACAUCUCAUUUGUAUAUUUAAUGUAUAAUGAAUGGUGCUAUAUCCAAAAACUACAGGUCCACCAAGAGUGCAUACUAAUUGACUGGUAUAUAGAUCCAGACCAGCACAACCUGUUUCAUUGUCAACAUUUUCAGCCUGGAAUUCACCGCCAUUCUGAAGUCUAUAUAUUUUCAAGGAUAAAUUGAAAAUAUAUGUUUUAUGAGUCAUAUAAGAAAUAAGAAGACUGCAGAAAUGAGAUGGUGGAGGUCCUCUUUUUUGCUGAGGUGUCUUUAAUGCACCUCAACAAAUGCAUGCAUGCUGGAACAUGAAA